CCAAAAUCCAAAUAUUAUUGCCGACGUUUUACAAUUUAGAUAAUUAGAUCACGACGCAUUCUCCGGCUCGUCGAUUGUUGGCGAAUGAUGUUAACGGAUUCGCGCACACGCCGACGUCGAUCGACCUGAUAACGAACACGACGUCGUAAUGAUGGGUCAACAUUUUUUCACGAGAUAAAAAGUAUACCCACCUUUGGCUAUAACAAUAAUAUCUGCUUACACUACGCGUACGCGGGCACGCGGCUGUGUAACUGGUUAGACGCAUAUUGUGAAAAACUUAGCCCAACAAAUAAAUAGGUUGGCAUUGUACUGACCUGUCGAUGACCAGCCUUAAACCCAUUCUUGGUCCAGUGACAUAAUUCGAUCUACGAUUUCGACAUGUGCGGUAUAUUUUGUUCGUUCGUCAAAGGGUCAACCGUGUGCGGCGAGCUCUGUUAUGUCCACAGAUUAGCAAGUGUAGAUCGUCGCUGCAGAAGAGAGGCCCAGAUGUGGGUUCCACUCAUCAGGUUAAUGUUAAUGGAUACACUGCGUUGUUCUCGGGCAAUAUAUUGUGGACUCAAGGAGAACGCCCUACCGGACAACCAUAUAUGGAUCGAAAGGGCAAUAUACUGCUGUGGAAUGGUGAUGUGUACAGUUGGAAUCUGACGAUGAAUGCUAGCAUUAAAGACGGUGAUACAAAAAUAAUAUCAGAUUUUCUAUGCAAUGGAGGUAGCAUGGAAUUGCUUAUGACUUCUGUCCAUGGUCCAUAUUCCAUUAUCUAUUACGACUGUGAACAAAAAGUCUUGUGGGUCGGAAGAGAUCCAAUAGGGCGCAUCAGUUUGUUAUGGAACAUCAGUACAGAUAAAUUAAUUGUCACUUCUGUUGGACACAAAGACAUUCCAGAUCUAAAAGAAGUGCCAGCGAUUGGGUUGUUCAAAUUUGAUUUAAAUGCAUGCAAACUGGUUCCUCAAUUAUAUCAGUGGUCACACACACGUUUUAAUUGUGAUUAUGACAUUCCAAAUGAAUUACAAUAUUUUAAACAAACCUGUGUUCAUCAUGUCACCAACCCUGAAGAUUCUGUAUUAUACCAAAAUGAUCAAUUAAAUAUGUCUGAGCUAUUAACACACCAAGAAUUUUGUAAGAAUGUCAGUAAUCUGAUUCACUAUUUGUCACAGUCAGUUCAAAAAAGAACAACAAUCAAUCCAAAGGCUUGUAAAAUGUGCGAGUUCAAAUGUGAUCAUGCAAAAAUUGCUAUUUUAUUUUCAGGAGGUAUUGAUUCAGCAUUACUAGCUCUAUUAGCUUCUAAAUAUGUUGAAUCUGAUGAACCGAUUGAUUUGUUAAAUGUUUCAUUUGAAAGACCAGCAAAUUCUAACAAUUUUGAAUGUCCAGAUAGACAAACAUGUUUAAAUACAUUAGAAGAGUUAAAAACAUUAUGUCCAACUAGACGAUGGAACUUAAUAAAAAUAGAUAUACCAAAUGUUGAAUUACAACAAAAACGUUUUGACACUAUACGUCAUCUGAUAUAUCCUUUAAAAACCGUUCUAGAUGAUAGCCUAGGUUGUUCAUUGUGGUUUGCCUCUCGAGGACUCGGCAAAUGUAAUGGCAAAUCUUACAAAACCCCUGCUCGAGUUUUAUUGUCUGGAAUGGGUGCAGACGAGUUAUUAGGAGGUUAUACAAGGUAUAGAAAAAUUUUACAGCGACAUGGUUGGCAAUCACUGAAUGAAGAGUUAGAUAAAGAUUUUUCCAAAAUACCUUCACGUAAUCUAGGUCGAGAUAAUCGUGUGUGUUGUGAUCAUGGCCGUCAGUUACGUACUCCGUAUUUAGAUGAAAAUGUUGUAGAAUUUAUAAGAGGACUUGCACCAUGGCAACGGUGUUGGCCAAAAGAACCAUAUCCAAUCAACCUGGGUGAAAAACUAUUGUUACGAUUAGCAGCUUUCAAAUUGGGACUUGUAAAUGCAGCAUGUUUACCAAAACGAGCUUUACAGUUUGGCUCAAGAAUAGCCAAUAAAAAAGAAAAUGGAAGUGAUAUAAGUGAUCGAUUAUAAAUUUAUAAAUAAUAAAUAUGAAUUUAUUUUUUAAA